UGAUCACUAACACACCUCGUAUGGCUAAUCAAUAUGCCAUUGGCUUUUUAAAUUUAUUAAAUUGCUUGAUUAAAUGUACUGGUGGUGAAAUUUAGCAAUGGCUGAGGUGCCCCUGAGGAGAGGUUUGGGAACUGAAGCGGUGCUCAUCUAGCCCUCCACUAGUCUUUAUUUUAUUACUCCUAAUUUGUAAUGUGUUCUAAUGUCAAAUUGUUUGUUUUUGUUCUGAGCAAAUGUGCCUUUACUACCCAGGUAAAUGACUUUAAACAUUUCUUUUGACUGCCUAAGACGUUUGCUCAGUACUUUACAUAUCACCCCAUCUGGGAUUAAAAAUUACAAUAUAAUGCCAAAAUGCCAAAUGAUUUGCCCAUAAUCACAGGCUACAAAGAAAAGAUGAUUCUGUGAAAUACACUGACCGGCCAAAAAAAAGAGUCACCACUCGAAUUGUUCGUUGGACUCCCUUUAGCUUUGAUUAUGGCAGACAUCUGUCAUGCCGCUGUUUCCACAGGCUUAUGAAACAUCUCACCCUUCAUUUUCAUCCAGAUUUGCAUUCAUUUCUCACCGAGAUCCUGCAUUGACAAGUGAGUAGAACCUCCAUAGAACCUCCUUCAGCACAUCCCAAAGACCUUCAAUGAGGUUAAGGUCACAACUGCGUGGUGACCAAGUCAGGCGUGAAAAUGAUUCCUCAUGCCCCCUGAACCUCUCUUUGACAGUUCGAACCCAAUGAAUCUUGACGUCCUUGUCCUGGAAUAUGCUCAAGUCAACAGGGAAGAAAACAACCCAUUCAUGAUGGAUGGAGGUGUAACCUGGCCAGUAGAUUCAGGUACUCAGCUGACUUCACUUUAUUCCUGCAUAACAUCGCUGAGCUGUAAUAAUGAUCCAGUCAUUGGCUCUUAAGUAUUUGCUGAUAUAAAUUCAAAAGCCGACUUCUUUUCUUGGCCAGGCAGUGUAUUACACUAAAAUGUUACACUACCUAACUUUUGAUUGUCAUUCUGAACCAGGGCAAGGCUCAACCUUCCACAUCUCCAGGGCCUUUUGUCUCCCUCGUGUAGCCAGACCUUCUUUCCUCCAGAGGUGGCCCAGGGUAACUGAGUGAGUGAGGAGAGAAGCCAGGUGCUGAGAUAAUCAGCUAGUGGCCUAGCUAAACACAGCUUAGUGGUGAGAGAGUAUCUUUAAUAAGAUAACACAGAGCCUGUGUGCUCAGAGGAGGCUGUGGAGAGACGUGGCAAGGCACAUCAUCUUCAGUCCAUACAGAGCAGCUGCCACUUGCACUCCGUUACCUCCAAGGAACUCAGCACCCACCUGGUUUUCUCCGUAAUUUGGGGUUACGGGAACAACGCAACUGGGGAUCGCUUCAGGCCAGAUUGAGUCGCCUUUGAUGCAGGUUACAUGAUUGACAUUGCAUGAGCAGAUCCUGGCUCACCUUCAGCACUCUUAGGAGAAAGACUCACUGAUGACAAACGCUCAGCAGAGUGGUAGCCCCUGCAGCUGCGGGCUACUCUCCUCACAUCUCUGACUUCUCCUUGUGUUUUUUUCCGGUCAUUUGUGGUCUGCUCCAUCUCUCAGUCACAUUCGGAGAGGACUGGAUCUGAAGAUCCCUGAUCCAAGAUGAGCGUCACGAAAGACGAUGUGACGAAGUUUCUGGAUGAAAACCCUGAGUUUGCCAAGGUUUACUUCGACAAGAGGCUAAAAGCGGGCGCCAUCGCAGCCGUGAUGAACCGGCCAGAGUCCAGUGUGGAUUUUGCAUCUUUCAAGGAGCUGAGCCAGGUGGAGGAAGCGGAGAUGCUGUUCGACCUCAUUCACAACAUGCAGGAGAGCGUCAACAUGGAGAAGGUGGUCUUCAAGGUCUUGAAGAGGAUCAGCUUUCUGAUCCACGCAGACUGCUGCAGCCUGUUCAUGUACCGCCAACGCAAUGGCAUCGCUGAGCUGGCCACGCGCCUCUUCAACGUCAACAGUGGAGCGGAGCUGGAGGACUGCCUGGUGCCGCCGGACUCUGAGAUCGUCUUUCCUUUGGACAUGGGGGUUGUGGGAUACACUGCCCACAGCAAGAAAACCAUCAAUGUCAAGGACGUGUCAGAGAGUACUCACUUCUGCUCAUUCGUGGAUGAACUGACGGGGUACACCACCAAGAACAUCCUGGCCACGCCCAUCAUGAACGGCAAGGAUGUGGUGGCAGUGAUCAUGGCCAUCAACAAGACAGAUGGGCCCUUCUUCACACCGGAGGACCAGGAUCUUUUUCUGAAGUAUCUCAACUUUGCCACCUUGAACCUAAAGAUUUACCACCUGAGUUACCUGCACAGCUGUGAGACCCGCCGUGGACAGCUUUUACUCUGGUCAGCCAACAAGGUGUUUGAGGAGCUCACAGACAUCGAGCGACAGUUUCACAAGGCCUUGUACACAGUGCGAGCGUACCUGAACUGUGACAGGUACUCUGUGGGAUUGCUGGAUAUGACCAAGGAAAAGGAGUUCUUUGAUGUGUGGCCUAUACUGAUGGGGGAACAGGCACCAUACUCAGGCCCCGUGACCCCAGAUGGAAGGGAAAUCAACUUCUAUAAAGUUAUUGACUACAUUUUGCAUGGGAAAGAAGAUAUCAAAGUUAUCCCAACCCCCCCCGCAGACCACUGGGCUUUGUGCAGUGGGCUUCCUACUUAUGUGGCGGAAACUGGAUUUAUUUGUAACAUUAUGAAUGCUGCAUCAGAGGAAAUGUUCACCUUCCAGACGGAGCCCCUUGACAGCAGUGGCUGGACCAUUAAAAAUGUGCUUUCACUACCCAUCGUCAACAAGAAGGAGGAGAUUGUGGGUGUGGCCACCUUCUACAACAGGAAAGAUGGGAAGCCCUUUGACGACCAGGAUGAGCAGCUCAUGGAGUCUCUGACACAGUUCCUUGGAUGGUCUGUGCUGAACCCUGACACCUACGACAAGAUGAAUAAGUUGGAAAACAGGAAGGACAUAGCCCAGGACAUGGUGCUCUACCACGUCAAGUGCCGCAAUGAUGAGAUCCAGGACAUCCUGAAAACACGGGAGUAUUUUGGAUGCGAGCCAUCAGAGUGCGAUGAGGAUGAGCUUUCAAAGAUCUUGAAAAAAGAGCUCCCAGGACCUACCAAGUUUGAGAUCUAUGAGUUCCGGUUCUCAGACUUUGACUGCACAGAGCUGGACCUGGUGAAGUGUGGGAUCCAGAUGUACUAUGAAGUCGGGGUAGUGAAGAAGUUUCAGAUUCCACAGGAGGUCCUAGUGCGAUUCAUGUACUCUGUCAGUAAAGGUUACAGGAAGAUCACCUACCACAACUGGCGCCAUGGGUUCAACGUUGGCCAGACAAUGUUCACGUUGUUAACGACAGGCCAGCUGAAGCAUUACUACACAGAUCUGGAGGUGAUGGCUAUGAUCACAGCCGGCUUCCUGCAUGACAUUGACCACAGGGGAACCAAUAACCUCUACCAGGUGAAGUCACAGAACCCCCUGGCCAAACUUCAUGGUUCCUCCAUUCUGGAAAGGCACCACUUAGAAUUUGGGAAGUUCUUACUUUCAGAUGAGUCAUUAAAUAUCUACCAGAACCUCAACCGACGGCAGAUGGAGCACGUUAUUCAUCUCAUGGACAUUGCCAUCAUUGCCACAGACCUCGCACUGUAUUUCAAAAAGAGGACCAUGUUUCAGAAGAUAGUGGACCUCUCAGAAACAUAUGAAGAUAAAAAAAAGUGGGUUGAAUUCAUGUCCCUGGAAACUACAAGGAAAGAGAUUGUGAUGGCCAUGAUGAUGACCGCAUGUGACCUGUCAGCCAUAACCAAACCGUGGGAGGUCCAGAGCAAGGUGGCGCUCUCUGUGGCUGCUGAGUUCUGGGAGCAGGGAGACCUGGAGAGGACAGUUCUGAAUCAGCAGCCCAUUCCCAUGAUGGACCGGAACAAAGCAGUUGAGCUGCCCAAGUUACAGUGCGGCUUCAUUGAUUUCGUCUGCACAUUCGUCUACAAGGAGUUCUCCCGGUUCCAUAAGGAAAUCCAGCCCAUGUAUGAUGGCAUCUUAAACAACAGGAAGGAGUGGAAGGCCAAGCAGGAGGAGUACGAGGCCCAGCUGAAGGCCUUCGAGGAGGAGAAGGCGACCCGGGAGCAGGCUGCAACUGCCAAAAAAGCUGCAGCUCAGAACACUCCCAACUCAACAUCUGGGUCCAAGACCUGCUCCAUUUGCUAGACCCAUGGGGUGUAUUUAAGAGGGAAUCAUGUACGCAGCCAAUGAGUCUGAUCGCAUCAGGUGGGGAUGGGUGAUGGGACAAGUCCGGUCUCGCCCCAUUCCCAACCACUGAAUCCUACAGAAGAUCGAGAGGUUCCUCCUGGCUGGUGGACUGAUCAUGGCCAAGCUAUGGCCCAAGCCAAGGGCUUGUCAUUCACUUUUUCAUUUCUUUUAUCCUUCAUCAUCUUCAAGCGCCUCUGUCAGCUUCAAUCACCCGGUCUGUCCAUUGGAGGAACAGCUGAGAGCAGGAUGCGUGUAGCAUAGGCAGGUAGCUAAAUAGAAACUGAAUGCACAUUUUUGACCACAAAGGCAUAUCAUCAUACUAACAAUCUGGGAAGUGGGUGAGGAACACUUGGUAUAAAGCUCUGCUCACAGCGGAUGGGGUCAGACAUGUUGAUAAUCAUAUAUAACGAAGAGUACGUAUCCAGUAUUGAACUGAAGGAUUUACGUUGUCAACUGUUUUCAUCAAUGUUCUUUUUUACCAUAUAAUCACCUUGAGGUACUCAAGGUGCACCUCAAUUCUUCCAGUCAAUCUUGAUUUACAGUGGAGCGUUUGUGCUGCAAUAGACUUCCAGAAACAAAAUUGCUCUUCAUAUUUUACCUCAGGAUAGGUCAUGCAUAGCAAACUGACAGCUUCUUGGCUGUAUGUAUGUGGGUGUGAAUUUUAGGGUUCUGUUUCAAUGACUUUGAAAUGACUUAGGGCAUUAAACUGCUGAGGUUUAAUGGGUGUGUAGGUUACCAAGCCAGAGUUCCCUAGUUUAUAUAAAUGAUACACACAAAUACUCAAAUAAAGGAGUGCGUCUGGGAUCAACCGAGGCGGUUGGGGCAGGUGGCCGUGCUGAACUUUGGUGUUCACUGUCAGAGUAAGGGCUGGUUUCCAGUUACUGCAGACGCACCACAGCACACGCACCGUAGUGCUGGCCCAUCCGGGCUCCUGUAUACUCAUUCUUCUUGGACCACCGUGUACCUUGAUACCAGGGCUGGGUGGUGCUGUUGGAAAAAGCUGCUCUUAAGUCAUAUUUGUGAAGUGUGGUGCGGAUGUUAUAUUAAAAAUAAGUAUCCCACUGAAAUGAACCAUGCAUUAUGUACUUACAAUAUGCAAGGACAUAGGCGUAUGGCUUUGCAGGUACAAAUGAAUUUUUUUCUUAGUUUUCAGCUAUUUGGGAGUCUUUUCCACAGCGAGGAAUCAUAAAUGCUGGUAUUUCCAGACUUUCUUAGCCAACCUUCUGACUUCCUGCUACUUUUCCCUGGGCAAUGAACGACUCAGCUGUGUUUCUGUGUUGUGUUGAUUUUUCAGUGAUAUGCACUCACAUGCUUGGCCCUCAAAAGGAACAUUAUAGCACAACAGCCAUGAGUGAUGUGGUUUGUCUGCAGUAAGUGUAAUCCAGCUAUCAGGUUACGCCUUUUAGCGCUGUUUAUUAAUGAAUCGUACAGGGGUGUCUGUGACGAGCAUGCAUAAGACGUUUCUCAGACACAAGAGAACGUUAACUUCAGAAAAACUUCACACACUUGAAGGUGACCUAUACACGUUUAAAGCUAAUACAUGCAUUUUUCCAACAAAUUAGCAGAAGUCAAUUUCAAGGGACAUUGGGGGGAGACAUGUUUUAGGAAUUUGCAACUGUAAAUAUACCUCAUGUGUAAAUACAUAAUAUGGCAAGUAAAAUUCUGUUAGGAGACGUCGUACCCUCUGAUGAAGACCAGCACAUGUCAUCUGUAUCUCAGACUCAGUUUUUAUAGCUCAAUGAGACCAGUUGCAGGAAAAUAAACCCUGCUUUUUUUUUUCGUCAUUGAAUGCUGGUGUCAAUGGAAAAAAUAAUCCUUUGGAUAAAACCUUACAAAUAGAGUUUGCAUGGUUGUCCAUGAGAAUAUUGUAAUAUUUAUUUGCAUCGUAGGCAUGAGAAUCCAAUGAGAACACUGCGGUUGGAAUGUAAAGAGUAAUAAACGUUCAUUUUUGUCUAGUGUUA